AUGCCAGCCCUAACUCUGAUUGCGGCCGUGUGCUUCCUCCUCUCGGACACGCACGCCUACACUCCCCUUUCAACCAACACCCUCUCCUCUCUCCCCCGUCCAGAGUUCGCCUUCAACAUCCACACCGGCGCCAUCCUCGCCCCCCUCCUCCACCCCCGCAUCCCAGGAACCCCCGGCUCCAGAGCAGCAAGGCAGCACAUCACCUCCUUCUUCGCCACAAACCUCCCAACCUGGACAAUCGAAUACCAGACCUCCACCUCCAAGAUCCCAGUCACGGAAUCCCCCAGAACCACAUUCGCCAACAUCAUCGUCUCCCGCGAUCCCCCCGGCCUCGAGACCCACAACGUCAGCAGACUCACCCUCGCCGCACACUACGACAGCCUCUCCACCCCAGACCUGGAAGGCUUCAUCGGCGCAAUCGACAGUGCCGCCCCGUGCGCAAUCCUAAUGCACCUAGCGCAGAGCAUCGAUCCCGCCCUAACCCGUAAAUGGGCCUCGACCCCCGGCCGCACCAACCCCACGGACCAGGAGCCCGUCGGGAUCCAACUUCUCUUCCUAGACGGCGAGGAAACCUUCGCAACCACGCUGCUCGCCAACGACGGGCUUUACGGCUCGCGCGCCCUCGCAGCGCAGUGGGCCGUGACUGCGUAUCCCGACACCGCGGCAUACGAGUCCCGUCUCGACGCCAUUGCCCUCUUCGUCCUCCUCGACCUCCUCGGGUCCAGGGACCCGACCAUCCCGUCCUUCUACCCAGUCACGCACGCCGACUACCAGCGCCUAGCGGACCUUGAACGGCGGCUGCGAGAGCUGGACUUGCUGGAAUCAGGUACGGGCGGAGACCCCCACCACUGGUUUGUCGACGCAGAUCUGGCUGCGAUGGAUGUAUCCCGCGCAGUCGUGCAGGACGACCAGGUCCCCUUUGCAGCAUUGGGUGUGCGAGUCCUGCACGUUAUCGACGUUGAGCCGGAGACUGGGGGUUUCCCCGCUGUCUGGCAUACGAUGGACGAUGACGGGGCGCAUUUGGAUCUGGCGACGGUCGGGGACUGGGGGGUGCUGGUUACUGCGUUUGUGGCGGAGUGGUUGGGGCUGGAGGAGUUUAUAUAA